UCCCCUCGGGCAGUUGCCCUUCGUUCUCUCUACCCACCGCGCGGCAGAAAGUUUGGAACCAGCUGGCACCUAUUUUGCGCCCCAUUUUUUUUUAAACCAGACCCUAAAAUGAAAGGACAAAAUUUGGCGCUGACUCGUGCAGCUCUGAUGGCGACUUGUGCGUUUUCAGCCGUAUCUCCUGGAGAAAAGGCCAUGCGCGCCUGAUUGUUCGGUGGCCCCAAAGCUGCUGCUGCUGCUGCUGCGUGUGUGUGUGUGUGUGUGUGUGUGUGCGUGCGUGCGCGCGCGCCUGGGUGUAUGUGUCUGUGUGUACACAGACGUCCACACACUAGCUCGGCUACAGGAUCAGCUCCUGGAAACAGACGUUUCGGCCACAGACCGGAGAGGAGGAGCUGGAGCUCAGGAGGCGUGAGUCGCCCGAGUUUGCAGAGUCCGUGGUGUGAAUGAACUGGGGGCACCUGGGCGCAGGGAUCGCCCCCCUCCCUUCCCCCGCCUCGGGCCAGAGUAGAGUAGUGGGGCAUUUUUUUUUCAUCCUCUGUGAAGAAUUUUUUUUUUUAUUAUUUGUUGUAAAGUCUUUUGCACAAUCACGCCCACAUUUGGGGUUGGAAAGCCCUAAUUACCACCGUCGCUGAUGGACGUUGGAGAGGGAGCGCCUCGCCGCGGAACAGUCGCCUGCGCGCCCUUGCCGGACCGCGGCUCCUUCACUGCGUCCCGGAGCAGCCCUGCCCUUGCUGCGGGCCGGCGUGCGUCGGCACCCCCUCGGUUCCCGGGCUCUGCUCAGCGCCACCCUACCUCGAGAUCCCAGGCCUGGGCGCCAGCGCCUGCUUUGGCUCCGGUUCACUGCGCCCACCCGACGCGCCCAGGAGGACUCCGCAACUCUGCUCCGGAGAGUCCCGCCAGGUUUAACCCGGCCGCUCCGCCUGGAUUCCUUGGCUGCCCUCGCUCGGGUGGCGACUUCCUCCCCGCGCCCCCUCCCCCUCGCCAUGAAGAAGUCGAUUGGAAUAUUAAGCCCAGCAAUGGCUUUGGGGACGGCUGGAGGUACAAUGUCUUCCAAGUUCUUCCUUAUGGCUUUGGCCGUAUUUUUCUCCUUCGCCCAGGUUGUAAUUGAAGCCAAUUCUUGGUGGUCGCUAGGUAUGAAUAACCCUGUUCAGAUGUCAGAAGUAUAUAUCAUAGGAGCGCAGCCUCUCUGCAGCCAACUGGCAGGACUUUCUCAAGGACAGAAGAAACUGUGCCACUUGUAUCAGGACCACAUGCAGUACAUUGGAGAAGGCGCGAAGACAGGCAUCAAGGAAUGCCAGUAUCAGUUCCGACACCGAAGAUGGAACUGCAGCACAGUGGACAACACCUCCGUGUUUGGCAGAGUUAUGCAGAUAGGCAGCCGGGAGACGGCCUUCACUUACGCAGUGAGCGCGGCGGGGGUGGUGAACGCCAUGAGCCGUGCGUGCCGCGAGGGCGAGCUGUCUACCUGCGGCUGCAGCCGCGCUGCGCGCCCCAAGGACUUGCCGCGGGACUGGCUGUGGGGCGGCUGCGGGGACAACAUCGACUACGGCUACCGCUUCGCCAAGGAGUUCGUGGAUGCGCGCGAGCGGGAGCGCAUCCACGCCAAGGGCUCCUACGAGAGCGCGCGCAUCCUCAUGAACUUGCACAACAACGAGGCAGGCCGCAGGACGGUGUACAAUCUGGCUGACGUGGCUUGCAAGUGCCAUGGUGUGUCGGGCUCAUGUAGUCUCAAGACGUGCUGGCUACAGCUGGCUGACUUCCGCAAGGUGGGCGAUGCACUGAAGGAAAAGUAUGACAGCGCCGCAGCCAUGCGUCUCAACAGCCGUGGCAAGCUGGUACAGGUCAACAGUCGCUUCAACUCACCCACCACCCAGGAUCUGGUCUACAUUGACCCCAGCCCUGACUACUGCGUGCGCAACGAGAGCACGGGCUCCCUGGGCACACAGGGCCGCCUGUGCAACAAGACGUCAGAGGGCAUGGAUGGCUGUGAGCUCAUGUGCUGUGGUCGAGGCUAUGACCAGUUCAAGACCGUGCAGACAGAGCGCUGUCAUUGCAAGUUCCAUUGGUGCUGCUAUGUGAAGUGUAAGAAGUGCACAGAAAUCGUGGACCAGUUUGUAUGCAAAUAGUGGGCGCCUGCUCGCCAUCCAACCCCGCUUCCCAGGAUCCAUUUAUUUAUAGAAAGUACAGUGAUUUUGGUUCUCUCUUUCUUCUUAAAUAUAUAUAUAUAUAUAUAUACAUACAUAUAUAUAUAUUUUAAUUUUCCCCCAAGAACCACAACCAGAAGCAUAUUUUUCUGUUACAUCUAAGAACUCUGUGGAUUAUUAAUUAAUAUUAUAAUUAUUACUUGGCAAUAAUAGGGGUGGGAAUCAAGAAAAGUAUUUAUUUUAUAGAUCUCUGCAAACCUUCUUCUGAUAGUGUAAGAUGAAGGGGAGAUAACUCAGACCCUAAGUCAGCCAUCUGGAUGGGGUAGACAUCCACAGGUACAGAAAAUCCAUUCUUUUUGUCUCAAUUACAGAGUCCCAUGGGAUGGGUAAGACUCAGCUGGAAGAGGGCGGUACAAAUCUAUGCAUGAUUCAGCUUCUAGGACCAAAAUGAAUUGUUAAUACUCUGGUGUGAGACUAAAGGUCUUGAAAAAAAAAUACAAAAGCCAAACCUCAGAAAACCAAACCCCCCUGUUUUCAAGGGGCUGCCAGCCUGCUUUUUUUUAAAAAAGAAAAAAUAUUUUCAAAAUUGUUGCUUAAAUUGUAAGAGCAAGUGUCUCAUUAUAUCCAGAGUUAAGGCAUAUCAUGUGUGUGUGUGUGUGUGUGUGUGUGUAUGCAUGCGUGUGCGUGUGUGCACAUGCGUGUGUAAUUCCCCAGUAUUUCAUCAUUUGAUGGUCUUAUUCUAGUAGCUUAUGAAACAGGGAAAAGAAAAGUUCUCAGAAAUUAAAAAAGUUUGAAAGUUCUUUUGGGACCAUGAAUUGGUAGUGUUAAAUAAUUCUGUGUACUAGACUUCAUUGUUGUUGUUGUUGCUUGUUUGGGAAGAGGGUGAUAGCUUGAAUAUCAAGAACAAUAGCUUGUCAUUUUCUUAGAAAUACUUGGUUCCUAAAGGCUAAUUGAAGGUAAUACAUCAAUUCUUUUCACAAAUCUUCAGCCCACAGAUCACAGGUGAUCAUAUGCAGUUCAGUCCUGUGCUAUAGCAGUCAAAAUUUGAAAUCUUUCUUCCUACAGGGCCCCAAAGAAUCUUUGGUCCCUCUUUGUUGUGUGAGCUUUGGCACACAUGCCAAGGGCAGCUCCGCUCCUCUGGGCCCCCUUUGUAGGACAGGAAGUGGAAUGUCUGCUAAGAAAACUGCCACUUAGGGAUUUUGUAACUUUUUAUUCCGAGGCACAGUAACUUCAUAGUUUUGAUGAUAUCACUUGGCUGAAGCAAUCCACAGAGGUGUCUCAGCAUUUUGCUGUUAUAAUCCUGUGUUAGAGUAUCGACUCAUGCUUUUCCUAUUAUCCUGCAGGUACUAAAGCUGUUCCUAGUGUACUUGAACAGUUGCAUUUAUAAAGGGUGAGGGGGAAAUGUGGUCUAAUGGUGCCUGAUAUUUCAGUCUUUUGUACAUAACAUAUAUAUAUAUAUACAUAUAUAAAUAUAAAUAUAAUUAUAUCUCUGUGCAGUCAGCGAUUUAGAUUUAUAGGUGACUCUGGGCUUAUUUCUCUGUCUGGAACAUUGUCAUACUUCAUUGCAAUCCAGUUGGGAUUUUUCUAAAAGAGUUUUGAGUCUCAAGCUUGGUGCGUGGCCCUGACAGGAUCGUACUCCCAGCACCAGGAAGAAAGCUGUGCUCAGAGGAAUCUUGAUGGUCUGACUCACUGAAAUACAUGUUUGUUUGAAGGUUGUCUUUCCCGCCCACCCCCUGUUCUUCACCUCCCUUUCAACAUCCCUCUGAAGAGAGGGCAUAAUGGUUCCUCACAGAUGUGACUGUAAAGAGAUCUGGGCGUAUCAUUGUUUCCGUUCACUUAGGACAUCUUGUAGAGUGGAAAUGUAUGUGUCAGAUUUGGUGCUACUUGUCAGAGUCCCUGUUCCUACAUAGCUGGCGUAACUUUUUUUGGUUCCCCGACAAAGGACAUCACUUUUCCAAAAGUGCCAUCAAAUGUGUUCUUCUCUCAGACUGACACUGUUUUAAAGGUUUGGAAAGAUGCAUGUGUUCCGUAGCUUUUCUAGGCAUGGUGGCCUUCAUGCCCCCUCAACCAGCUGGGCUCUUAACUCAUUGCACAGGAUACUUACUUCCCCUCAGCUGCAGUAAAUUGCAAGCAAAAGAAAUCUAAAAAAAAAAAAAAAAGCACUAAUUAGUUAGAAAUGUCACUUUUUGGUUUUUAUUCUUCAAAAACCAUGAAGUAACUUUUGUUAUUUGCUAAAUCAGAUUGUGUCCUUUUUUUUUUUUUUUUGUAGCGAUUCAUGUUUAUGAACAGAGUGGAGUUUAACAAUCCUAGCUUUUCAAAAGAAACUAUUUAAUGUAAAAAUAUUCUACAUGUCAUUCAGAUAUUAUGUAUAUCUUUUAUGGCCUUUAUUCUGUACUUUUAAUGUACAUAUUUCUGUCUUGUGUGAUUUGUAUAUUUCUCUGGUUUUAAAGAAAACAUCGAGAGGCUUAUGCCAAUGGAAGAUAGAAUAUAAAAUAAAAUGUUACUUGUAUAUUGGUAAGUGGUUUUAGUUGUCCUUCAUGUGGAGAUUUUUGGUGAACCCAUGGGGUAAAGCAUAGAAGAGCAAAGAACUUUACCCAAAUGAAACUAUUUCGAAGCUUCAAAAGGUUUCUGUAUGUAACAGAACAAAAGGGGAAUUUUCUUUUCUUAUAUAUGUUCCUCAAAAAAAAAAAAAAAGAAAUCAAACAGAUGGCUUAAAGCUGGACGUAGGAUUGCUCACAUACUUUUAGCAUUAUGCAUGUAACUUAAUUGUUUUAGAGCGUGUUGCUGUUGUAACCUUGAGGACAAGAACCAGCAAGGCACAUGCUUUUAUCCAUGACCAGAUUUUUAGUCACAAUGCGUAUAUAUAAUGGUUGUAUGUUUACCACUGCAAGGAGCGCAGCUAUUUGAAUUUCUUGUGCACCACGUGUGGUAUCUCUUUGUCCCUUGGAAGGCAGGUUUUAUUUUUUAAAAAAGAGCCUCAGUCUACAGAGAAUGAACUCAUUAGAAACGAAAGAUUUCUUGUGUUAAAUGCCAUUAAGUUCCAGUGCUUUCUGAAAAUGUACGUGGAGAUCUGGUUAGUGCCUUGCAGACUGAUAAACUAGCCCUUUGCUAUUUUUCCUUUCUCUUUUGGAUAACCUUAUAACAUAUUGAAACCUUUUAAGGAAGCCAAGAAUGCAUUAUUCAAAAAAAGAAAAAAAAACCCAGUAGACCAACAUAUAGAGUGUUUAAAAUAGAUUUCUGGGCAAAUUCAACCCCUUGUGGUUCUAGGAGUCACAUCUGUUUCAGUUUUUCAUCUGUUGUGUAGUGACCAGUGUUCUUUAUUGCAAAAGCGUAUAGUUGACGUAGCAAAGUCAGCAUCUUUUUCCUUCUCAUCCUGGAGUUCAUUCAAGAUUUUCUCAAUAGGGGGUGGGAGAUGAGUGAAAACUGUAUCUAUGGGUAGUGGCAGUCGUGUACAAAAUGUUUGCAGUGGGUUACAGGAAGAGGACGCUUCUGCCUUUUAGGGCAGUUAACUUUGCUCUAAUCAGCUUCUUGGUUCCGCUUUUUUCAAGUUCAAGCAUAAGGCUGGCAGGGCCUCAGCAUGAGUACCCAACCUAUUACAACCCUCACUUGCCAAUGAUGAUGUUGCUGAUGACCAUUUCAAUUCAUUCUUAUACACCAUGAUCCAAGCCACUGGAAAAUGAUAUCACUGAGAGCAGGAUGACAAAUCCUCCAAUUAAGAGAUGAGUGCUAGGUGGCUUCAUCCAAGUUAAACAGCUCCCAAAGACAGUGACCCAUGUCCCCACCGAGUGACAUAAGAGAAUCAGAGAAAUAGGAAAAGGACUUAAAUCUCAAAGUAUGUAUUUAAUGCAAGUUAGUACCAAGGUACAGGUCUAAAAUACUGCAUUUUCACUGUAAAGAAUGCCUUAAAAUAUUUAUUUUUAAAAAAGUAUUUUCUAGUCUCCCUUCUAUCUAUGGAGUGGUAAAAAUGAGAUUCUGUGUUUUCAAAGUGAGAUGAUAAAAUUUAAUAGAGAAAAGUUUUAGAGACCUAGGAAUUACAAAUGAAUUACAUGCUUGUUAACAUGAAUUUUACAUUUAAAAUUGAUGAGUGGGUAUGUUAUAUUUUAGGGAGAGAUCUUGUUAAGCCAACU